CAAUGGUAUGAUCCGAUUGGCUGCCGGGUUGCGCCGUAACAUGCUGCCAAAACUAGGAGUGACGGGAUUGAUAAUGUUUCAUCAGUGGAUGCACUACUUGUCUAUGCUUUGCCUAUACAACAUGUCUCUGAACUCCACCUUGCACGAAGACUCGGAUAACGGGCCCAUAUCUAUAUACACCUCGAAAUUGGACCCUGGUGCUGACAUAUGCCUAGGAUUGGCAAUUCUUUUAGUUGUCACCCUCUCUCUGCUGGGCAACGGGGUGGUGCUGCUGGUGUCGUACCGCCGCAGGAAGAGGACGGUGGGCUCGGAGCUGCUCUGUGUCAACCUGGCCGUGGUGGACUUCCUCUGCUGCGUGUGCUUCUAUCCCCUGUCCAUCAUGUCGUCCUUCAGCCACGGCUGGCUGGGCCAGGGCCUGACCUGCGUGUACUACGGCCUGGGCUGCUUCAUCUUCGGCCUGUGCGGCAUGUUCACCGUGGCGGCCAUCAGCGUCGUCCACUACAUGAAGACCUGCCACCGGCUGGUCUACGCCGUGUGGCUAGAGGGCGCCAACACCAAGGUGGUGUGCGUGGCCACCUGGGCGCUGCCCACGCUGUGGUCCUGCCUGCCGCUGCUGGGCUGGGGGGAGUACGUGCCUGAGCCCUACGGCCUGUCCUGCACGGUCGCCUGGAGGGGCUACCACACCUCGUACAAGGACGCCACCUACGUGGUGUGCUCCUUCGCCGGCUUCACGCUGCUGCCCGUGCUGGCCAUCGUGGGCUCGCAGGGCCUCAUCCUCCGCAAGCUCUACCGCUUCUCCGCCGCACUGACGUCCAGCGGCCUCCGCAGCAACCUGAGGCAUGCCGAGAGACGCCUCACCAUGAUGUUCUUGUGCAUCAGCCUGGGCUUCAUCCUUGCCUGGGGCCCCUACACCGUGGUCUCCUUCCUCUUCAUCUUCCACCAGGACCACCGCUACAUGGCCCCGUGGGGCUUCGUGUUCCCCGCGCUGUUCGCCAAGAGCUCCCACGUCUACAACCCCUUCAUCUACUUCUACUUCAACGCCGGCUUCCGGCGCGAGCUGCGCGGCCUGGUGCGCUCCCUCUGCCCCGGGCUGGAGAGCCAGCGGGUGGGCGUGCGCUCCCACUCGCUGCCCCCCCACGGGGCCCAGGCCCCGAGCUACGCAGAGCCCCACCCCAUCCACAUCCAGCUGCAGGAGCAGCGGGGACGGCGCUCGGACAACAGCGGGAGCUCGCGGGAGAAGCCCCCGAAACUCUCGGGGGCCAGGGGAGCCGGCCUGCGCCAGGACCGGUCGGUGCUCCCGUGCUGGGGCUCCAAGCCCCGGGUGAGCCCUGCCAGCCUGGAGCACAAGCAGGUCAAGGAGUUCCUGUCCGACGCUCCCUCGGAGAACAGAGGGGGCGGGAGGGUAUGGCACGAUGCGCGGAGGGCGAGAGAGAGGUGGCGUCUGUUCGCCAUGGAGACAUACACGCUGUCGCACGGCCACCAGGAGGAGCUGAGGAGCCCGCCCCCCAUGCCCGUCGCCCCCCCCCUGGGGUCCGGGCCCCCUUUUGGGGCCGCUGACCCAGAGAACUUUCACAGGCUGUGA